AUUAUCCUCAUUUCGCGACCAAUCCAUUUCCAUUCACCACAAACCCUACUAAACCCCUCCUCUUCCCCAUCUCUACAAUUUCUACCAAAACAAUGGCGUUUGCAGCAAAUACUGCGUUGAUUUCAAGCCCUACGCUCUUCACACCAUCAAAAAUCUCAUCUUCUCGCCUUUAUCUCUCCGUACCGUAUAAAACCACGAAAUUCCAGCUUUACUGCAAGCCCAUUUCCUCACUUCCUCUCACUUCUUUAUUCUGUCUCAGAAGGAAGGAGAAAAGCGUUUUGUCAGCUCUUAGUGAUGAUUUUCCGGCUGUUCUUGAUGAAAUUGAGGGGAAUUCUAGCUGGGAUGUGGCCGAGGAAGGAGAAGAGGGUGAGGGGGGUUUCGUCGUCCAGCCACCGGAGGAGGCGAAAGUGUAUGUAGGGAAUUUGCCUUUCGAUGUUGAUAAUGAUAGAUUGGGUCUGCUCUUUGGCCAGGCUGGAGUUGUUGAGCUUGCUGAGGUUAUCUAUGAUAGGAUAACUGGUAGAAGCCGUGGGUUUGGUUUUGUGACAAUGGCCACUGUUGAAGAGGCUGAGAAGGCCGUGGAGUUGUUCAGUCGUUAUGAUAUGGACGGCCGGUUCUUGACCGUUAACAUUGCUGCUCCUAGAGGAUCACGGCCGGAACGUGCUCCUAGAGAGCCCGGUCACAGAAUAUACGUUGGAAACCUUCCGUGGUCUGUGGAUACCAGCCGUCUUGAGGAGCUUUUCAGCGAGCACGGUGCGAUUGUUAGUGCACGGGUAGUCUCUGACAGGGAAACUGGAAGGUCGCGCGGUUUUGGAUUUGUAGAGAUGUCGACGGAGUCUGAGAUGAAUGAUGCCAUUUCCAGCCUUGAUGGAGAGGUUUUGGAUGGGAGGCCGAUUAAAGUAAAUGCUGCCUUAGAAAGACAAACCCGGGGCAGGUUUUGAUUAAAUGUCUUUGCCUUUUUGUGAUGAGUUUUUGAGUCCAAUUGAAAUUGAACAAGAGAGUUUUUUCAUAUUUAGCAUCUUAAUUAAAUCAUUAUGUGAAACACUGUGUUAUUUCAUUACUUGUAUGAAAUCUUGCUUUCCGGAA